CCUUUAAAACACAGGGAGGCUUCCAGUCCCUUUAUUUCACAGGCAACUGAAAAUUACGAUGAGUUCACUCACCUGUGUUUUGUUGACUGUGUUCUGUACUGUCUUCUCUACCAGUGGCAAAAGUGGAAAAUCAGGAUUUAACAACCACUUUUCAUGGCUACUUCAGCAGGUUCAUCAGAAUUUCUGCAGCUGCUCUCUAUUCAGGCUCAUAAAACACCUCUCCCUUCACAGCUUCUCAAACGCCUCCACCUCAGCAUUUCAAGUAACUCAAGCUGCUUCCUUUCUUGCUUGCUCUCCUGCUUGCAUGCCAAAACCAGAAAGCCUUUAUUAAGAGCUUUCCUGUCAAUCAUCCUGAAGGCCUCUUUGGAAAUCUGAUUAGUAUUUGCAGCCUAUGUUCAGAAACAGGCCGAAUAUAUCUGGUGCAAUUUAUACAAAGGGGUAUGAGGGAGGGGAACAAUUUAACUAGAGGAUGAAGUCUUGUUUCUGUGCUGCAGAUAUGUUAUCAUCUCUGUAAGCAGUGAGAUAUUUUCAGAUUGUAAAGAGUUGUGCACAUGGGAAUUUAAGAUACGCUAUGUCAUUUGGGAUUGUUAAGGCUUGCCUUUACUGCAGUACAUGAGAAAGUGGGUAAAUUAGGCUGUGCUGGAGGUUGAGACUGCUGCUGUAGCAUUAUUAGCUUACAGUGGGCUCAGAUAUGUCUACUGGCUGUACAAUUGUAUCAGCACAGUCACUCUCUUCAACUUUCUAAGCCCAUACAAACUGGAUAAAGUGUUUAAAAAGAAGGAAAGAAGUAUUCUGUGACAGGUGCUCUGAAGCCUACGCUUCAUGAUUUCACAAAAAGUUGAAUUCUGUUCACUCAGAAGAACGGAGAAUGGUGAGUGCUGAAUAAUACUUUCACAGGCAGUACUAGAGGCUUGAAAGAUGGUGACUACCAUGAACUCGCUAUUUGUCUGGGCGGACUGCAGCCUGUCCAGCCUUACUUGCUAGACUGUUGAAGCAGAAGUAGAUGACAACACACCUGGUUGAAAAAAACAGAGUGAAAGGAACAAGUAGUAUAUUUAUGAUGCUGAAAGCGAUCAGGUUGCAUGCUGAAAGGAGAGAUAUUACUUGGGUGUACUGCUUUGUUCACGUAAUUCUUAUUAACCCAACAACUUUACUAAAACGACGCUUGGAUGUUUUGUCUAGUCUGCUGCUGUAAAUUUUGCUUAGCAACGUUCUGCAGCCUGAUUUCUGUUACCUGGUUAAAUUACAAAACAACUCACAGAACAAAGUGCAGCCAUUGUCUGCCAGCUCCAGAUUUGCCGAGUGAAUCCCUUGGAGCCAGAGUGGAGGUGGGACCCUGUGCCUUAUCACAACCAAGCCUGGCAGAAACUGGUGGUUGCUUGGUAAUAAUGAAUGUUGCUGUUCCUUAUUCCAGAGGUUUAGCAAACAGCUGAAGCAACAAAUUUGGGGAGUAGCAUAAGGCCUGAAAAGAACAAAUAGUUGCUGAAGAAAAAAAAACAAAGAGUGAGACGAGAGUGUUACUUGGAUACAGCAGAAGACAACACAACAGAAGGAAGGGCUGUGAGGAGAAAUAAAGACAAAAUGUUCAAGGUCUGGAAGGAUCUGUGUUUUUUAAUGCACCUAGUGGCACUGCAGUUCUGUUCGGUUUGCUGAUCCAGAAGUAUUAUCAUCAUGUCUGGGAAUGGUGAUGGAGUACUUCAUGAUAUGCUGCUGCCUCAGUCACCUUAACCAUCUCCGGAUCUCAGAGUAGGGGAAAGAACUACAAAGACAUUUUUGUGCUGCUUCAGUGCUUCACUUUCACAAAAAUGAACUCAAGAAAGAAAUGCAAAGGAUCCAUAUCUUCCCAGAAACUUAUUGUACCUUAUUGCUGCCGGGGCUCAACUCAGACUCCUCUAAGUGCUGACUCAGUUCUGGAAAAUAAUUCCAACCCUUGUAACACCAAAACUUCUGGAAUGGCAAGACCAAAAAAUUUUCAGCAAGAUUCUUGGUUAGAAGAACAGUUCUAUAAGUUACUGAAAACACCACAUUAUGAAAUAUCCAACUCUAUGCUUUCUCAGAAGGCUGUCAAAACUUACAAGGCUUAUGUCUACUUAUCUCCGUGGUGCACUGUGGAAGAUGAAGAGAAAAUAAGUGUAGCUGAGUUGUUGUCUGGGAUUGACUUGCUGUGUAGAUCUCAGAAGAAUGAGGAAAAAAAGGAGAAAUUUUCCUAUCUCAGCAAAUCCCUGGAUUUACCUAUUUCUUCUCCUGGGCCGGGUGAUAUUCCUGGGUUUCAGAUCACUCACAAAGGUAAAGAAUACUGGGACUGGAGAGGCAUGGUUGCAUCAAUUCCUGUGAAGGAGGCUGAUCAGAUGAGUCAAAAACGUGUGGGACUGAAGAAGAUAGGCUUCCAAACCAAGAAAAAGAAAUGUGCUGCACUGGGUGGUAAACUAGAAAGGAAAAAAUUGAGUGAUAAAUGCCUUUCCCUUCAAGCCCCAAAGAAGCUAAAGAAGAAUGUAACUCACCCAGAAAUAUCUGAAGCUGUUUGUGAUAGUAGAAAGCAUCCUAUCAAUAGAGAAGAGCUUGAAGCAGUCAUUUGCAUUCAAAGAUAUGUGAGAGGGUGGCUUGUACGUAGGGCAUAUAAAAGAAUAAAGAUCAAGUCAGCAAGUCAUGGUCUAUCCUUACUAGUGGCAGUAAAGUGCUACCGUAACAUGAUGGCACGCAUUAGAAGUCGAGCUGGUGUUUUGGAUCUGUCUACGCCACUUCGUUAUUUUGAAUUAGAGGAGUGGAUGGACAAGAAAAAAUUUUAUGAAGCAAUGUUUUCCAAGAGACAGUUUGGCCAAAAUCUGGACAGAGAUCAUCUACCUGAAUUUUUUAGAGACUGUGGAUAUUUUAUACCUGCCAGCAAAAUACAACAGAUCUUUCAGCUGGUCUUUCCAGCUUCUGCUGCUUCUGUAAGAAACAUCAAAAAGCAUCAAGCAGUUGAAAUGGCUUUCACAUUGUUUCCUCCUCUUGGUGCAAAAGUGAAGAAUAUAAUUACAGUGCCACUACCAUGGCUGCACCCUCUCAUAGAUGGAAGAGGUGGAUCCAAGAAAUCAGUAUUUCCUCGUCGAAAAUCAAAAAGGCCUGAUUUUGAAGUGUCAGCUGCAUUAGUGACUUCUUCAAUGAGAGAGCAGAAUGAAACACACCUCUCUGAUUAGAAUUGAUGGUAUUUCUACAUGAAAAGGUGGUGAAGUCUUAAGAGAUCAAGCUCCAGAGUUGACACAUUCUCUCACAGGGAAAGAAUAUUGCAUCUGACAACAAGCAGGACACAGAGCUCCUUCACGUUGAAGAUGUCCUCAACUAAAACAUAAUAAAUGUGAAAAUCAAGCAUGUUGCAUAAUUUUUUACCAGUUUACACUUGAUAGGGUGAAUUAGUGUGCAGUGUGCACAGUGAAUUCAAAUAUUAAAGCAUCAUGACUUAGACAACUGAAAAUAAAAAUGUAAAAUUGUACCAACUGGUAAUCUUUACAGAACAUUAUAUUGUUGCUUUUUUAAUAGGCUAUUUGUCUUUCAAAUUUAUAAGGGAUGGGGCUUUAUACUAUCCAUCUUUCAGUAACAGGAGAGGCAGCUUGUUUGCUAAGAAGUCAGGAAGUAUUUCAGAAUUUGGGGCCUAAAAAAACAAUUUCAUGUCUGAUUUUUCUCAGUGGAUGCAGUAGUACAUUUGUUCUUGACACUGUCAUAAAUCUGUUGUGUAAUGUGGAGAGAAGAAUCAAGGAGGAAAGGUAGUGCUUGUUUCUUUUGCCCUGUAAGCACAGCCAACAAUUGAUGCAAGAAACUCAUUAUUAUUUUCAUAGAGGUUUUUUUCUCCAUUGCCUCACAGACACACCAGCAGCUUGUUCAGCAUGCAGCCCGCCUGGAGGUGAGAAGCAAUGGCGACCUCUAAAACAGACAUGCUGCUCCAGGAGAAGUGUUUAACCACUGCCAGCUGACUCCAUUUAGGAGUUUAGCUGUCCAUCACCAACUGUUCCUGCCUCUUCAGCCCAAACAUGGUGCUGAAACAUCCGGCAGAAGGAAAGUAAUCAAUUAUAAUUUCUGAAAUUGAAAUGACCAGCUAGGUUAUCAGGUAACCACCCUCCUACUUCAUGUAGUCUGAAGGCAUAGGCAUGUUGCAUAUGCACAACUCUUGCUAUAGCUUUGUGGGUGGCUUGGAGGCAGUGAAAAACUUGGAUAAGAGAAAAUCCAGCACUUGCUGAUACUUCUGUAUGGAUUCUUUUGGCUUUCUCUCAGUGGAAAUAGUAGGGUGACUGGAAAGAUUCAUCUUUUCUGCUUCUUUAUGUCUUGAACGUAAAUGUAAGAGAUACUAAUAUUCUGAGUAGAUGCUACUGCAUCACUCUGGCCCCAACCAUCUCCUAUAUGGAAGGUACCUUUGCCUGCUCCUGGCUUUGGAAAGAUGUAUAUAUUUGCUUUUCUAUUAUUUCUACUUUUAUUUUCUAUUAUUAAGUAGAUUGUUCUAUUAUUUGUAUUACAUUUCUAUUAUUUUCUAAAAAUUCCUGUGCUUUGUUCUUGACUUUGUGGAUAACUUUCCAGUAGUGAGCACAAAAAGUAAAGUAGCUUUUAUUACCUGA